AGUGGCUCUAGGAAGCUGGGGCCAGAUGUCCUGGGCAGGGGAGCUGGAACUCUUCUGGGUGGAGGCCGGCCGAGAAGGAUCCCAUGGAACAGGCCCAGCUCCCUAGAACUCUGGUGGCCAAAGCAGAAAUGUAGUCAGGCAGGAAUCCCAAGGGUGGGCUUCUGUUUCAGAGGGCUUUAAGAGAAGAAGAGUAAACUGGGUGACCUGGUACAGAUCCCAGGUCAAGGUGGGACUGGAGGUCACCUAGUGGAACAGUGGGAUAGGACUGCAGAUAAAUCCCAGGGUUCCCUGCCCAGAAUCUUACAGCCUAGAAACUCCCACCCUGAAGUUGGAGCACCAACACGGGACAUCCAAGAGCCCAGAAACUUCCAGGACUUUUCUGGAGCCAGACUGUACCGGCUGGAGGCAGUGCCCCGGUGGGCCUGCAUGGACAUCCCUAUCAGCAGCAGAGACUUCCGCUGCCUGCAGCUGGCCUGUGUGGCUCUCGGCCUAGUGGCCGGCAGCAUCAUCAUCGGCAUCUCCGUAUCCAGAGCUGCAGCUGCCAUGGGUGGUGUCUUUAUUGGUGCUGCUAGUCUGGGGUUCCUCCUCUUGGCCUACCCCUUCCUGAAGGCUCGGUUCAACCUGGAACACAUCCUGCCUACCACGGGCAGCCUAAGAAUCCAUCCCCAUCCAGGGCCAGACCAUGGGGAAGGAAGAUCCAGCACCAAUGGCAACAAGGAAGGAGCCCGCAGCAGCCUGUCCACCGUGAGCAGGACCCUGGAGAGGCUGAAACCAGGGGCUCGAGGGGCUGAGGAAUGCUGAAGCAAAGGCUGAGAAGCUGCCCCUGCCCGGCCUUCCCGUCCCACCUGCUGACCCCAUCUCAGUGCCCUCUGGGGGUAGAAGACCCAAACCGUGCAUAAACCAGGCCCCGCAUACCCCAGAGCAGCUGGGAACAGUGUGGAAUGGGACCUUUUGCACUCUCCUAGCCAAGGCUCUCAGAAAUGGAUUCCACUGGCAUGGGCUGGGGCCCAGAGCAAAGUGUCACCAGAUGCCCCCACAGGGUUCCUUGUUUCAGGCUCCUGCCCGGCCUUUCUUUCUGGACUGCAGCUCAGCUUUGUUCCCUGUUCAAUCUACUGACUGGUCUCUGGAAUUCGGCGUCCAAGACCCUGACUAUGACCAAGACGCCCCAGUCCCUUGCUCUAACCCGGCUACAGAAGUGAACCACUGGCUCACAAGAACCACGGACAGGGACUCUCCCUCCCAUGGCCUGGCCCUGGGGCUCUAGAGCUCAGAAGCCCGAUAGAGGAGCUAGACAAGAUUCUUUUCCAAAUAACAAAACUCCUGGCAGUUCCUCAGGGACAGGCUCUGAGCAGCAGUGAAUCAGAUGGGGGAGCCUGAGGGGGCUCCUGAUCGCUGGAGAAGAGAGGCUCAAAAGGGACAGGCACAAACAACCUGCCCCCUGGGGGUCAGAGGAGGCGACGUCUCAGCUGAGCCCAGCCCUGAGACCCCUGGUGUCUAACUCCACCACUCAAGGCUUUUCAUGAUCUGACUUCUCUCUUCCCCCCAUUUUCUCACUGCUCCCUGAACAAGCGAAACACAUUCCUGUCUUCAAGCCUUGCCCUGUGUUCCCGAGAGCCCUCCCUGCUUCUCUCUGCCUAUCAAACUCCCCACCAUUAAAGGCCCAGUUCAAAAAAUCUCCUACCCACAUGCGCUCCUCAUUCUCUUCCGCCGGCCUCUCUCUUGCCACCCUUCAGGCAGGGUUGAAGUCUUCCUUUUCACAAAACAAUUAUUAAGCCAUCUUAAGUCUUGUGAAUGUGGCCCCUGCUCUAGUGCCUAGCACCAGACCCGUAGGUGCUUAAUAAAUGUUAAUGGCUUCAAUUUAAUGUAAAAGCAAUUCCCUAGGCUUUCCCUAGGAAGCCACAUCAAAGUCCCAUCUCCCGUGGAUAGAGCAAGGUUUGGAGCAAGGAGACCCAGGUGUGGCCACAUAGAAAACAUCGCUCUUCCCUCCACACCCACACCCUCCAGGUAGAGUUGUUUGACCUCUACCGAGAUACCCUCUCCACAUGGCCUGUCGCCUGGUUUAGUGAGCAAAAGACAAGCUAGAAAUAGUGUCCCUUCUAGGAUCAGUGGAGAUGGCACUUCCUCUUGGAAGCCCCCCUGACUUCACUGUGCUUCCCAGGCCCAGGGUUUCCCUCCGUCACAGCCCAAUCACUCUGAGUGACCCUGGUCUAUUUCCCCUCUUGAGAGUGGGAGCAGAGGGCCAGGCACCCAGAAGGCACCCCAGUGGAUGUUGGGAAACCAAAGUCUUCCAAAGCAGCCGAGUCCAUCUCAGCUGGGAAAGCUGAGGCCCCACUGGAAAAAGAACUCAUCGAGUCCCAUGGUAAAAAGUCACAGGGCCAGGCAUGCAGCCCGGUCUCCUGUCUCUCCCUAUCCCUAUCCAAGGCUCUAUCUUUGCUGUGCUCUGCACAGGCAACAGGGAUCAGCUCCCCAACCACAGCAUGACAGACCUCCAUGAAGGGACUACCUUCCAUAAAUGCUGGCCAGGUGUAGUGACUUCAGUGCCUUCAGCUGGGAGAAGCAACUUCCUCUUCUUGAAUUUCCCUCCUCUCCACCGGCUCCUGAAUAUUCUCUGCCCCUUCUCCUUUCCUUCAUCAUCAUCAUCAACAAUAACUCAAGCUGCUGGUCUCUCCUCAGUCAAUGAGGAGACCCUUUCUCCCAUCUGCCUUUGAUCCUCACCUCAGUGCCCCAGAGAUGCCCAGGGUGGAGGGGGUGGGAGUGGGGGCUGUGGAGCCUGAGCUGCGAGAAGGUGGUUCCCUACACCCUGCCCAUCAACCCAACCCCUCUCAACCACACUCUCCCCAGGAUGGGGCUGCGGAAUCUCUGACGCUUGGACAGGCCAGGCACAGAGAGGUACUGGGGACCAGGUGAAAUAAAUCAAGGAAUAAAAACAUA